GGCCCUCCGCAUCUCUGACCGCGCCAAAGGUUCGCUAUUUUUGUCUCAGUGCUUAUCUGCCAGCCUGUCUGUCAAUUAGUGCUUCGUCGUCUAAUCUCGGUCGAUUAUGCGCCGCAGGAAGCAGUGAGACGCAGUGCCGAUCGGCCUCCAGUUCUGCUGAAAAUACGCAAAGGAGAAAACAGUGAUUGCGUCGCCGGAUUUUAAUUGAUUCGAACUUCUCCGACUCCAGCCAGCACCAUGCGUCGCUACGUCCCCGCUCUCCUCUGGAUUUGCUUCGUCCACGUCCACCUCGCACAAGGGAGUGCGAUAAUAGAUCACCACACGCCGUACUGGGAACAGCCCUUCUCGCAGCCUUACUUCGAGAACUCGACCAAACGCGACACGACCACCACCGUCGGACAAACAGCCUACCUCCAUUGCAGGGUGCGGAAUUUGGGCGACAGAGCUGUAUCGUGGAUAAGAAAGCGGGACCUGCACAUCCUGACCGUGGGCAUCCUGACCUACACGAAUGACCAGCGUUUUCAGUCUCUGCACUCGGACGGCUCGGACGAGUGGACGCUCAAAAUCAGCUCAUCGCAGACGCGCGACACCGGCGUGUACGAGUGCCAAGUGAGCACCGAGCCCAAAAUCAGCAGCGCUUUCCGCCUCAACGUCGUCGUGUCAAAAGCCAAGAUCAUGGCCAACCCGGAGCUGUACAUCAAAAGUGGCAGCGACAUCAACCUGACGUGCAUCGUUCUGCAAACACCGGAGCCGCCGUCGUUCAUCUAUUGGUACCACGGUAAUCACGUCAUCAAUUAUUCACAACGCGGGGGCAUCAGCGUGGUGACGGAGAAGCAGCCGCGCACUUCGCGCCUCCUCAUCUCGCGUGCGCACGCCAACGACUCGGGCAACUACACAUGCUCGCCCUCCAGCUCGGACGCGGCCAGUGUCAUGGUCCACGUCCUUAAUGGGGAGCACCCGGCGGCGAUGCAACACGGCAACAGCGGCGGAGCAACUACGGCGGUGGCCGUCUCGCUGUCCCUGCUCACCUCGUCCCUGCUGACCGGCCAGCUGCUGCGCGGGGUCACCAGGUGAUAAACGUGCAGCCGGUGCUGAUCAGACCAAUUAAUGUGCGGAGGCCCGUGAUUGAUUGAGUUUUGUGCCGCUGAUUGAUCGCGGGGGACCAAGUUUGGCGAGGCCGGCGGGGCCUCGAAGGGCGGCCCAAGUGCGGUGCGCGGGCGAGUGCCACUAACCCUACUCAAGUACCCUAUCAAAGUGUAUUGCAUCUCAUUUGCUGUUGUUGCAAGUCCCGUGCGUGUGUCAGUUUCAAAUGAAAAAGUAAUUUUUUUUCGUAAUUUACACAUUUUCAUUGCAGUUUUGGAAAUUUUAGUUUGGCUGCAAACAAAUAAUUUGUCUAUGAGGGAUUUUAUUUUAUUUUUCUGGUAUUUCCUUGCCAGGUUAUUGCUAAAAAUUUAAUUUUAUAUCAUUCUUUAAAAAAAGCAAAUUUCAAAUCUUUCUUUUAAUAUGUGACUGGAAAUGAAAUUGUUUAGCAGAACGUGAAGAAAUUUGUACCUCAAUUAUGGUGUAUAGAGAUCGAAGGUGAAUAAAUGAGAAAUUUAUAUAUUUCAUUUCUUCCCUGCUCUUAAAAACUGUAAAAUGCUGGUGCAAAUGAUUUGUUUCAAUGUGAAAUGUGAAAAUUUGUUUUCUUCUCCAAAAAUGUGGAACUGCUGAAACCAGAUUAUAGCAUUUUUUGAACUACCUGAUUGCAGUUUCAAAGUAUGCGUGUAUGUUGGUGUUUCGGUGGAGAAAUUGAGGAAGUUUUCUUUCUAAUUUCGCGUUCAAAUUACUGAGGAGGCUCCAUAGAAGUGUUAAUAAGGACAAUUUUUUAUCCGAAGACAAAUGCGUAAUUGUAAAUAUAAUAAAUACAUAUGAAAGAAAAGUAAAAAAAUACUAUGACAGUGUGACCUGUGGGGAAAAGAUGCACAAAACAAAGAAGAGAUCAAUUUUUCCCAAAUGAAAAACUUAGCACGAAAGAUUUGUGAUUAAUAUUGAUUAAGACGAGAAAGAGAACCGCCGUUUUUUGUGAUUUUUGUUUUGUUGUAAGCAAAAAAAUGAACUUUUUGCAAUGAACAUGAACAGGUGUAUCCCCAAAGUGUAUUUCAACUUUCCUGCAAUGCCACAUUCAUUAAUUUUGUAUUAGUUAAAGGAAAAAAAGAACGUAAACAUAUUUUCAUCGUUCAAAAAAUUAUAAUAAAGUCCCGAUAAAUGUUCUACACAUCAAGUGAAUCAUUUUUAUAAUAAUGCAAAUUGAUUUACAAGCGUUUUGAUGACCCCAUGUGUGGCGCGCAGGAAGCCAUGAUAAAUCUCCAAAGCAGUGUUUUGACGCCCCUACUCGAAAUUAAUUGU